CGGAAAUAGUAGAGUCAGCAUUGAACCAUCUACUGGUUCAUAACUGGGUUGUGGUUGUCCAACACUGGGUUGUGAUCAUCCAAAAUGCAAAAAUAAACUUCCAAGACGAUACAAUGGUGCCGAAUAAGAACAACAACAACCUAAUUCACGUACUACGCUCCAUGGAACGCUCGGACAUUGAAGAAGAACUGCGUUUGUCAGCAGAUUUCGUAGUAAACUUGCAUAAAUUACUGCUUGUGUGUCAUCAAUACCAAUCACUUGGAGAUGUAUAGAACGAAGAUGAAGAGGAGGAAAAUAAGAAUUGCGCUGCAUGAAGUCCUAUUGUAGGAGAAUGAAAACAAAAAAAAAUUACUUUAUUAAAUAAAUUGAUUUCUUACCGAUGCUGAAAAUCCGAUUGGUGGCAUGUACCAAUGUCACUUUAAGUGGUAUACACGAGAGAGAAUUCGUAAACUAUGUUCAACAGUGUCCGAUGAAUGUAAAUUGAUGUCGUCAAUAUUACUAUUUCUGCACAACCAUACCAUAUGUUGUACAUUUGUUUGUCGAUCAUGAUCGAUAGUACGUGCAACAAAUUGAUGAUUUUUCAAGAUGCGAUCAUUUUAUAAAUGGCAUGGAUAGGUAUAGACGACUAACAUUGUAGAAGAAAAAUGUUCUUCAAUGAUAUGACGUACGCACCAUCCCCUUGCAAGCCAAUCACUAGUGUUAAAAACUACAUCACCGAAUUCAGUCGCUUCGUAUUCGUAACGUAAUAUAACAGGCAGACACAAAGAGAAACGGAAAUAAUUGAGUGAGAACCAGAGAGAACUUGAAUGUAUAGCUUGUAGAAAUUCGAUGAGUUGAUUCAAUACUAAAAUAAUAUUUUAUUUUCGACAUAGUAGAUUAAAUACUAGAAGUAAAGAACAUUUUAUUACUACUGUACUUACAUGAAGUCUGCGCGUGAAUUAAUGUCAAUGAUUUGAGAUUGGGCAUUUUCAAAUAGCGAAUAAUCAACAAGACAUUGCUCAUCGAAAAAUCACUAUCAUCACUACCACGCACUGUAAGUGUAUGUAAGUGCAUCACAUUCAUUGUUACUAAAUAGGACUCGGUCAAUAUGUUCUUGGAUUCAUAAAAAUGUUCUAAAUUACAAACAGUUCAAUCAUCACGUUCAAACGUCACAGUGAAGUGUUCAAGGCAAGGCAUUGCACUUGGUUGUAGUAGAAGUAACAGUUCUGUGAAGCGUUUAAGAGACAACGUUAAAUAGACAGUGCGUGAAAAGCAAGGCUGUCGUCCAGAAACACCGAUUAAAACGUGCAAGCUUCCUCGACCUGUCUCGUCCCACGUUUUCAUUCCUAUAGAUAUAAAAAAUCCGAGUAAAUUACAUGUCAAUUAUUUUUUUUUACUAUAUCUGUAAAGAAGUAAACUAAAUACUUAUUGGUUCUGAUAUUGAAUCAUGAAAAAAUCGAUAAUAUCAAGAAAGCUGCUAUUUUCGUCAUUAAAAGCUUUAUUUGUAAACAAUCAUAGAUAAUUGGUAAAAUCAACAUAUAAAAUGUAAUUAAAAUACUUUUACUUUAUGGAAGCAUGAAGUUAAGCACAAAAGGAAAGUGCAAAUAUAUCAAAAUUAUUAAUAUCAAAAGUCAACAAAAUUAAAAAAUAUCAUUCUAACUACUAUAUUUUUCUCUUUAUAAAUUAUUCAGACAUAUUUCGAGAUGUGAUGAGAAACUGAAUUGAAUGAUUAAUCUCAAUGACAAAAGAAACCUAUAGUUUUUUUUAUUAUCAUACAUACCAUCAGUUACAUGAAAGAUCAUUGUAGGACAAGAAGCUUGUAAGAAGGUGAGUUCAUGAAGAACUGUAACAUACCAUAGGUCGGCAUUGGCAGAAAUCAAUGUAAAUUUGUCGAGUUGUCCGAUGAUAUUAGUGCCAGUACUACAGGCAAGAGUAAUGGCAAGCGAUGUUAAGGUAUUUUUUUGAAAAAACUCCAUAUUCCAGAGAGUGAGUUCCCGUACAGAAGGUAAGAAUGAAAGCGUGCUAUUAGUCCAUUGAGAGAGAAUCUCAUAAGUGUAGGCUAAGUUGCAAAAACCAUCCAAUAUUAAUGAACGAAUAAACAUACUCAAACAACGUGUACGGAAGCAUUGUGAUCAUCAAGAAAAGCUUGAUAAAGAGAAUGUGAACAAUGACCAUUAUGGAAAGCCAGUGUACGACGAUCGUUUUUAUUUUCAGCAAGCAAUUUAUCCAGAUGUUUGCAUACACCGAUUAGUGAGUAUCCAAUGUCGAAAAGUGUCAAAUAAGUUGAAAUUUUAAAUAACAGUUCAUGUGGUAGUUCAUCCAAUUUCAUGUUUCAUUGAUUUAUUGUAUAUACAUUUAUUCGAUACUUUUAUAUAUGCUGUAGCGUCCGUCUACUUCGAUCAGUUCAUAUUGCUAUUAUAUUGUAUUGAUUAAUCGUUUUUAUUUUUCUUAUACAAUGAUGGAGAGUGGUCAAUCUCGCAAUAUGAAUAUAUUCAAAAAACAGAAAAAAGAAACAAACGGACGGUCGAUCUAUACAUUAGACAAUGAUCAGCCAAUAAGUGAUGAAUAUAAUUAAAGUAUUUUUUUUUCAUAUAGUCUUUCACAAAAAAUUCACAUAAAACAAGAUCAAAAUUAAAUAUAUUAUAAUAUAAAUAACAAUGACAAAUCGAAUUAUAUAAUAUUUUCUAUCAUUUAUCUAAUUCUUAUUAUCAUAAAAUUAUUGAUGAAGAUGAAGUGAUAGAUAUGAUUUUGCUUUUAUCUAUUCUGUGUCAUUGUAGAAUGUGCAAGCAAAAAAACUCAUAUGUGAAACAAAAACUUGAUCAUGCAAUACAAAACUGUUUCCUCAUAGUCGUGACAAGUAGUCACAUCUAAUACAAAUAAUACUGCACAAGUAUCUUGUGCGCACUGCCAUGGUCUCUGUUAUGUCAAUCUCUCAUUGUGCUGCUAACUUUUGUCUGUUUUGUUAGCAACUGCAUCUAUACACCGACUUAUCGUGCGUUCGUCUUUGCUCUUUCUCUCACUCAUUUAUUGUGUUACUAUUGUUAACAAAUGAAUUGUCUCGAUUACCUUUCUUUGAUUUUAGAUCUCAUCGGUAUUCCUUUAGCUAGUGUUCCAGUGUAUGAUGUUAACAUCACAUAGUGGAACACUUUUUAUGCGGGGGAACACCAGCUAAACAAAUAGCGAUCUCAUUCCAUCCCAUCUCUUCAACAACCUAAUAAUAUGAUGCAAACAAGUCCGACCCCGUCUGAUGUAUCUGUUUAUUUCUUUGUUUUUAAUAGGAAUUUCAUUUUAUUUAAUUAGGUAUGCCAUGCAUUCAUCCAUCAGUAUUAUACAGUAUUACAUCAGGCUUCUCAUUUGCUUCAUCGGUACUCUAGAUUGUUGUUUUUCUAUUCAAUAUAUUUAUUUUUUUCUCUUUAAAUUUAGAUUUUAUUCUACGGAUAAUACAUUCAUUCAUGGUAGUGUUGAUCGACUAGGUUGUGUUGAACAACAUGUUAUCGGUCCGGAAAAUAUUUCUCAACGAAUUAAUGAUCUUAAUUUACAGGAUUGUCAUGCAAAAAUUCGUCAGAUCGAAUCACAUUCAACUAUUGAUGAUGGAGUUGUCGUUCAGAUUACCGGUAAAUUAUCGAAUAAUGGUGUUUCAAUACGUCGUUUUAGAAAUUAUUUAAUCUGUCAAUUAUUCAUAUUCUUAUUGGCGGAUCGUGCAUCUCAGCAAGGUUUACUUUAUUUAUCUGUAAAUUAUCUAUGUUUUUAUUCAAAUAUACGUGGAAAAGAUAUAACACUUGUUAUCAAAUUUACAGAUAUUAUUUCAAUUGAACGUAUACAUAAUUAUGCAUCAGAAAUAAUACGUGUAUGUACUCGUCUAUAUAUGUAUAUGAUUUUACACUGUUUAGAAAAAUUUUAUGUUAAAGUUAGUUUAUGA